UCAUGAAAAUAAAAUGGUUCAUCGUGAUUUUCAUACUGGAAAUAUAUUAUUAGCAUCAUUUAAUAACUCAACAUAUGCACUUUCUGGCAAUUGUAAAAGUGACAUAUAUAUUUCAGAUAUGGGAUUAUGUGGAGAAGUUAGUAAUAUAGAUCAAACAAAAAUUUAUGGAGUUAUGCCUUUUGUAGCACCUGAAGUAUUGAAAGGAAAACCUUAUACUCAAGCAGCAGAUAUAUAUAGUUUUGGUAUGAUUAUGUAUUUUGUAGCAACUACGAAACAACCUUUUGCCAAUUGUGCUCAUGAUAAUAUUUUAGUAUUAAAGAUAUGUAAUGGAAUUAGACCUGAAAUAAAUGAAAAGGAAGCUCCAAACUGUUAUAUUGACUUAAUGAAAAGGUGUUGGGAUUCAAAUCCAGAUAAUAGGCCAAAUGCUAUUGAAGUAAGUGAAUUGAUUGAAUUAUUUUGUAAAUCUUGCAAUGCAUCAGAAGAUAUGAUAGAAGAUGAGAAAAUUGGGAAACAAUUUGAGGAAGCAGAAGAAUAUAGAAAAGCAAAUCUUUUAUCAAUCAAAAAUAGCAAAUUAACUACUCAAAAUUCACAAGCUUGUUAUACUUCUCGACUUCUUAAUCCAUUUACCGAAGAUCUUUCAAAAUAUGAUGAUAUUAAUAAUAAUUCAGUAGAAAUUUUUGAUUUUACGAAGAUAUCAAUAGAAGAUGAAAGUAAAGAUAAAUAGUCAGAGGAAAAAUCAAAAGUUUAGAAUAAU